CAGGUGAAGUGCCUCUGGUUCAGAUGCAUGGCUGUUAUGCACUGUGCUCUCUCGGUGCUGUAUGGCAGCGGAUCACUGCAGCAGCAUGGAGCCGUGAGGAAACAGCGCUGUGUUCCUGAAAUCACACCGCUGCUGCUGUCGAGGAACUUUAGUUUGAGCGAUUGUCACUGCCCACAUUUACCAACUUUACCUGUUGUAGACAUUUGAUGGUAGCCUACGUAAUGGAAGUCGCUCCAGCGUUUCUGUGUCUGCUGCUGUGCAGUCUGCGCGUUUCUCUGGCGGCUGACUGGGAGGCGGUGGACCCUCAUGUUACUCUCCACGGGGAUGUAAUCGACUACAAGGAUCCCUGUAAAGCUGCUGCCUUUUUGGGAGAUAUCGCCCUUGAUGAAGAUGACCUCCGCAUGUUUAGAGCCCUCAGCAGUGAUGGUGCAACGCCCACUGUCCAGACCAACAACACAGACUCAGUUAACAGCUCCAGUGAGAGCAUCAGGAGUAAGAGAGCCACAGACAGACAGAGUCUCCGUCGGAGGAGGAGAGCGGCCACAUCCAGACCUGAGAGAGUGUGGCCGGACGGCAUCAUCCCGUAUGUGAUCAGUGGGAACUUCACAGGCAGUCAGAGAGCCAUUUUCCGACAGGCCAUGCGUCACUGGGAGAAACACACUUGUGUAACAUUCACUGACAGGACGACUGAAGAAAGCUACAUUGUUUUCACCUACCGACCCUGUGGGUGUUGCUCCUACGUGGGGAGGAGAGGUGCCGGCCCUCAGGCCAUCUCUAUAGGGAAGAACUGUGACAAGUUUGGCAUCGUGGUGCAUGAACUGGGUCACGUGAUCGGCUUCUGGCACGAACACACACGUCCAGACCGGGACGAGCAUGUCAGCAUCAUCAGAGACAACAUCCAACCAGGGCAGGAGUAUAACUUCCUGAAGAUGGAGCCGGGCGAGGUUGACUCGCUGGGGGAGGUUUACGACUUUGGCAGCAUCAUGCAUUAUGCAAAAAAUACAUUCUCCAGAGGCAUCUUUUUAGACACCAUCUUGCCUCGAUAUGACGUCAAUGGAGUCCGGCCACCUAUUGGACAGAGGACCCAGCUUAGCAAAGGGGACAUUGAACAGGCCCGUAAACUCUACAAGUGUGCAAGAUGUGGGAACAGCCUGCAGGAGAGCUCUGGAAACUUUUCUUCUCCGGGUUUUCCCAACGGUUACUCAGCGUACGCUCACUGUGUGUGGAGGAUUUCUGUCACUCCAGGAGAGAAGAUUGUUCUGAAUUUUACUUCCAUGGACCUCUUCAGGAGUCACUUGUGUUGGUACGACCAUGUGGAGGUCCGGGACGGGUUCCGGAGGAAAGCUCCUCUGAAAGGCCGUUUUUGUGGAGACACACUUCCAGAACAGAUCAUCUCCACUGACAGUCAACUGUGGAUUGAGUUCAGAAGCAGCAGCAGCUGGUUGGGAAAAGGCUUUACAGCAGUCUAUGAAGCCAUCUGUGGGGGAGAGGUGAAGCGGGACAGCGGCCAGAUCCAGUCUCCCAAUUAUCCCGAUGACUACCAGUCCAACAAAAUUUGUGUGUGGAAAAUCACAGUCGCAGAGGGUUUCAACGUUGGCCUCUCCUUUCAGUCAUUUGAGAUUGAGAAACAUGACAGCUGUGCCUACGACUUUGUGGAGGUGAGAGACGGCGGCUCAGACAGCAGCCCACUGCUCGGACGUUUCUGCGGCUACGACAAACCAGACGACAUGAAAAGCAGCUCCAACCAGCUCUGGCUGAAGUUUGUGUCCGACGGCUCGGUCAACAAAGCCGGGUUUGCCGGCAACUUUUUUAAAGAGAUGGACGAGUGCUCCAGACCCGACCACGGUCACUGUGAGCAGCGCUGCCUGAACACGCUGGGCAGCUACAGAUGUGCCUGUGAUCCAGGGUAUGAGCUGGCAGCGGACAGACGCAGCUGUGAGACAGCUGCCUGUGGCGGGUUCAUCACCAAGCUGAACGGCUCCCUCACCACCCCCGGCUGGCCCAAAGAAUACCCCCCCAAUAAGAACUGUGUGUGGCAGCUGGUGGCGCCCAUUCAGUACCGCAUCACUCUGGUGUUCGAUGUGUUCGAGGCCGAAGGGAAUGAUGUGUGUAAGUAUGACUAUGUGGAGGUGCGCAGUGGGUUGAGUUCGGACUCCGAGCUUCAUGGGAAGUUCUGUGGAGCGGAAAAACCUGAGGUGAUCACCUCCCAACAAAACAACAUGAGGAUCGAGUUCAAGUCUGACAACACCGUCUCCAAGAGGGGCUUCAAGGCCCACUUCUUCUCUGAUAUAGACGAGUGCUCCAAAGAAAACGGAGGCUGCCAGCACGAGUGUGUGAACACCUUCGGGAGCUACAGCUGCCAGUGCCGCAGCGGCUUCAUGCUGCACGACAACAAGCACGACUGCAAGGAAGCGGGCUGUGAUAACGCUGUGAGCACGGUGUCCGGCACAAUGAGCAGCCCCAACUGGCCCGAUAAGUAUCCCAACAAGAAGGCCUGCACCUGGUCUCUGUCCACAACCCCGGGCCAUCGGAUCAAACUGGUUUUCAACGAGAUUGACAUGGAGGCUCAUCUGGAGUGUGCUUACGACCACCUGGAGAUCUACGACGGGCAGGACGCUCGUGCACAAAGUCUAGGACGAUUCUGCGGCACCAAAAAGCCUUCUCCAGUCAUGUCCAGUGGAAACAAAAUGUUCCUGCAUUUUUUCUCAGACAACUCCGUGCAGAAGAGAGGCUUUGAGGCUUCAUACAGAGCAGAAUGUGGAGGAAGCCUAAAAGCCGAGGUCAAGACAAAAGAUCUGUACUCCCAUGCACAGUUUGGAGAUAACAACUACCCGAGCGGCUCGGACUGUCUGUGGGUGGUCUCAGCUGAGAAGGGAUACGGAGUGGAGAUCAUCUUCCAAGUGUUUGAGAUCGAGGAGGAGGUGGACUGCGGGUAUGAUUACGUGGAGCUGUAUGACGGUGCUGACAUCAAGUCUCCCAGGCUGGGACGAUAUUGUGGAUCUGGGGCCCCAGAAGAAGUGUACUCAGCGGGAGAUGCCAUAGUUUUAAAGUUUCACUCAGAUGACAGCAUCAAUAAAAAAGGCUUUCAUGUUCGCUACACAAGCACAAAGUUCCAGGACACGUUACACGCAAGCAAGUGACUCUCUACGCCAAAACUAAAUGCGGAGACUUCACCCCUAACUUUUGGUCGGACACACCCAUCUCGAGUGGAUGCAUGGAUUGAUACCACAAAAACCAACCCGCAUACUUUUACUCUCACAUCUGUUAGACUGGGAGAAGCCGUGCAGACAAAUUGCAUCUUCCAUAGCUCUUUAGGAUGAGAGGCGAGGAUUAGCUUGCAGUGAUUAUUUUGAGUAAAUUCAGCGACUGUAACGCCUGUAAUGAGCUGAUUAAGUUAUAGCACUGUGUUGAAGAUAUACAAUGUAUAUAUUGUGAUAUAGUCUUAAUUCUAAUGAAUGUAAUGCACUUUGUUGUUUUAUAAAAAUGGACGAAUGCACAUAACAAAAUAAUAAUGAUGUAGUAUGGAGAAAGAAAUGAUGUAAUCGGAGUUGUCCUUCCCAAAAUAUGAUUUGUUCGGUUAUUUUAUAUUUUGUCGGACUUGCAUUUGAUAUUGAAUUUUCAUUUCAUUCAUUACAUUAAUUACAGAUUCAAUUAGCGCCACAUAAUUCAAUCUAUCCAAUAUUCCCUUUACAUCUCUGACUACGUUCUCAUCAGUAAAACAAAUGUAUACUGACUUUGAACAGCAAAUUAAUACAUAAUACCUUGAUUUAUUUUUUAACUCACUUUAGUCUUUUAGAAGUGUACAAUGUGGGCGUAUAAGUACAGAGACACCAAUUCAAGGAAUUGAGGAAGCGAGUAUGUACAAACUGAAAUAUGAGCCCUGAGCCUUUCAUUUAAACCGAUAGGGCUCCAACACCAACAUAAUGUAAUGAAAUGCUAAGGAUGAUCUAUUUACUUUUUAAUUUGCAAUAAGUAGUUUGGAAAGAAGUUGGAAGACAUUUUUUAAACUUUUAUUAACAUUUUCAUUUAGAGUUAUAUUGGUUGCCAACAUGUAUCAGCCAUUGAGUCAGCCAACAGUCAAGACAUCUAUCAAAACAAGUACAACAUAUCCAGAAUUAAAACCAUUUGUUCACAUUAUAAAAAACGUAUUAAACCCAAAUUAUCUUAAAUACGCUUUUAAAAAUGUUUUGUCGUUGUUCUGCAGCUAGUUCGAA